UCGAGAGAUUGAGAUCAAACAGAAAUGGAGAUUCUUCAUUUCAGCCACGAGCACCCGUUGGUACUAGAUAGGAUCGAGAACGGGAGCGAGAUGUGCAACUUAUGCUCGAAAACGAUCCAUCGUCUCGCCUUCGCUUGUUCUGACUGCGGGUUCCUCCUUCACAAGAGUUGCGCGAAAUUGCCCCGAGAAAUGGGGUCCCACCCUCUCCAUCCGCAGCACCCUCUUGUCCUCGUCCCCAGUCAUCCCGACUCGUCAGAGCCAUUUAAAUGCAGUCUCUGCGAAAAGACGUGUUCCGGGUUCGUCUUCAGAUGCAGCAACUGUGACUAUAGCGUCGGCGUGGAUUGCUUCCUGAGGACUCAGCCAUACCCAGAUCUGCCCUCACGACAAAAGACGAGAAAAAUCCAUCACCUCAGCCACCAGCAUGGCUUGUUGCUCCGCUAUUACGGAGAGAAGAAUUCCAUGAGACAAAGUUGCCGAGGAUGCGAGAUGCCAGCUUCUGGUCCAACGUACUACUGCCCCGAAUGCCCGCAAUUUGCGUUGCACAAGUCCUGCUCUGAGUCCCCUCAACAGAUUCAGCAUCCCUUUCACCCACUGCACCCUCUCAUUCUCCACACAAAAUCUCCUUAUCCUUCAGAAAAUUUAUAUUGUGACGCAUGCAGAAAGACCAUUCGCAACGGAUUCGCCUUCCACUGUUCAAAUUGCAAGUUCGACCUAGACGUCGCUUGCAUCUCUCGAAUGCCCACCCUGAGGCAUAAGAAGCACGACCAACACCCGCUCGCGUUUUUUGAGGAUAUGGGUGUCGAGGUUACCUGCAAUGUCUGCGGAAAAAAGUGUCGAGAAUAUAUCUACCGCUGCACAGCCUGCAACUUCAAUGCGCAUUGCACUUGCUUGCCAUUUGCAAGCACCGUGAAGCAUAAGAAACACCAACAUUCCCUAUUCCUUAAGGAUUCCGUAGUUAAAGGUGAUUCGGGUUGGUUUCCUUGUGAGGUUUGCAAAAAGAGAAUCACACCGAAGCAUCGGGUUUACUAUUGUGAGGAUUGCAGCUAUGGUGUUCAUAUCGAAUGCGUCGACUCCGAGGACCAUCUUGAUCCUCACAUGGCGAAGAUGCUUGAAGAUUUCACAAAAGUCCAAGCUGAGGCAGAUGCUUUGGCAGUGGAACUGAAACUGGAGGAGCAAGCAAUAUCAGCAAAGUUGCAGAAUUUCUUUGGGAAAUAUUCGAGCAUGUUGAAUAAACAAUCGGAGCUCAAGGAGAAGCUGAAGAAGGGCAUCUAAUAAGCAACUCGGAGUGAUCUUUCAAAUGAAAAUGGUAUUAAGUUUACGGCGUUAAGUUUACAGCUGAGACUCGUAUCGCGACUUGAAACUACCAAAGAUUCAAGCCGUUCUAAAUGCAUCAGCUUUGCACAGCAAUUAUAUGUCGACAGGAUGUAACUAAGCGUGCCAAAAUAGAGUCGAGUAUCUACAGCACAGAAUAAUAGGCAAGUGUAAUUCUAAAUCUGGAAACAGGAUUCCAUUUGUACAUGUACAACACAAGGAUCAACAAAGUAGAUAGCAACACGGUGCUAAAAUAUC